UUUUGAUUUUGCAGCAAUACCCUUAUGAUAUUCCGACUGAGGCCUUUCCUUUUGAGAUUUUCAAGCAAGCCUUUGUGGCAAUUCAAUCUUGCGUGGUGCAUUUGCAGAAAGUCAGUCUUGCACGAAGUUUUGCUUUAGUUCCUCUUGGUCCCCCAUUGCUAGCAUAUAGAAGCAAUUGCAAGGCAAUGUUGACAGCUGUUGAUGGUGCUGUUGAAGUUGUAGUUGAUUGUGCAUAUAAGGCUGGAGAACCAUUAGCUGUUUGGUGUGGACCGCAGCCUAACUCAAGAUUGCUUUUGAAUUACGGUUUUCUUGAUGAAGAUAACUCUUAUGAUUGGUUCAGGGUUGAGGUGUACGUCGGAAAGGAAAGGGAAGCUGUAUUCGAUAUGCUUCCUUAUUUGCGAUUGGGCUAUGUUUUAGAUCCUUCGGAUAUGCAAUCAGUCAUUUCAUCCCAAGGUCCAAUCUGUCCGGUGAGUCCUUACACAGAGAGGGCUGUCUUGGAUCAACUAGUUGAAUAUUUCGAGUCACGUACUGCUAGCUAUCCUACAACCUUGAGCGAAUAUGAGUCUUUGGUAAUUUGACUCUACUGUACUCCAUUUUAUUUCUUCAACUGCUCCACAUUUUGUGCAGGUACAGUGGGAAAGAUGGGUAUGGCUUUAUAAAAAAUGAGUUGAAGUGCAACCCCACCACAGCGGGUUUUGAUCCAAGCCAUAAGACAAGAGUGUGCACUGUGUUUUAGGUUUAAGGAAGACGUGCACUGGUUCCACGAUGAAGAGAAUCUUGCUAGGCCUCCCUUAUUCCUUACUAUUGUUAAGAUGCUAACUAGUCUCCUGUCCCUGCCCCUUUCCUCAUAGCAGGUCUUUUGUGUGACUUUCAUGUGAAGUGUUCAUCUUUUUAUGAGGCAAGGAGAUGUUAUUUCGCAGGCAAAAUUUGCUUUGUAAGUACUAGUGCCGGAUAUUUCCUUGCUGCCUUUUGUAAAUGUAAGUGUACACAUAGACGACUGAUGGCAAUUUAAACUUGCUCCUGUA